UUGGGAUCAUUGGUGUGAACCACGAGUUCGAUAGUGAAAAAUUGCAGGUUUAAAGGUAAUCUAAUUACAUCUCUUCAAUCGGUUCAAGUGACCAGUGCGCAGUGAUGUAGAAAGUUGCUAAAGGUUGAAUGAAAGUUUGUGCUUUCGUGUGUGCGCAUUUUCCAAAGGCAGAUCAGAAGUGCAGCAGGGCUGAGGAUUAUCUUCAAUUUUGCAGAUUUAAAAACGUGACGUGAUCGAUUGCAAAUUCUCCGCAGUGUUUGAAUAAGAAGAGUGUUGGUGGAUUAGAAAAAUAAAACAGUCGCUGCCGCCGCCUAUGUUUGCGCGGAUGCGGGGAGGUUGUUCGGUUCAGUUUGCGCUGUGUCAUUAUUAUAAGUGACGGUCAGCACAUUGAAGACAGCGGUCGGCAGUAGCGUGCUCUACUUCUGGACAGCUGGAUCUAUGCUGAGAUCCAAACGCUGCUGGAACCAUUUGGAGAAAACGAAAGUUGGAAGUAAGACGGUGGAGGAGCGAUUAUACAGAAGCAGUGCUUCAUCCAGAAUAGCAAAGUCGUCACUGAACUAAUAGGCGAAAAGACUGUGGCUGCCUGAUGCCAUUGGUGGGAAGUUAAUCGGAUUUGUAUUACUACUACCAAGAAAAAUACAAUGGGUAACUCCGGGUACACCUGCAUACGACGGACGUUCUGCUCAUUCAACAUUCUCAUAUGGAUCUGCGGCAGUGGGUUUCUAGCGAUCGGAGUUUGGCUUCGGUUCGCGGCUCAGGGCUAUGCCACCCUGCUUCCGGACCACGCCGGCCUUAGUGCGGACUGCGUCUUCAUCACCAUCGGAGUGAUUAGUUUCGUUAUCGCCUUCUUCGGCUGCUGCGGCUCGUGGUUCCAGUCCAGGUGUUUCCUAAUUAUAUAUUUCACGCUGGUGGUAUUGCUCUUUUUGAGCGAGUUCCUGCUGGGAUCGUUGGCGUUCGUAUUUCGCGGCGGCAUCGGUCGGAUGUUGGUCCACGAGCUCAAGUACGGUAUCGAGAAGCACUACAAUGUAACGGACCGGGGAGGCAUUCUGGCACCCUCGGUAGCAUCCAUCUGGGACAAGCUGCAGGUGGAGCUACAAUGUUGCGGAGUGACUUCGUAUGAAGAUUGGUACGACAUCAGCGCUUGGCCCGGUGAACGGUGGGUACCACGAUCUUGCUGCCGACCGCGAUACAAUUCUGCAUUCCUUGAUGGAUCUGGCGAUGAUCUACAAAGCAUAGACUGCCGGAAAGCCGGCGAUCCUUCCCUGCUGUGGGACAAAAGCUGCGGACAUAUCUUGCAGAUGUGGUUUGUUCAGCGGCUACAUGUCGUUGGCACGGUAGGCCUAGUCAUAGCGUUCCUGCAGCUUUUCGGUUUAAUUUCUUCAAUGCUACUAUUCUGCACGGUGAAGCAUAAGCGAUCGUCAAAAACGUACAAGUCCUAUUCACCGACGGUGGAUACGACGUUGAAUCGUAACAGUACCGGGACCUAUUUGGACGAUUGAUAUUAACCAAAUGGAAUGAUGCCAAGAAACGACGAAGAAAGCAAACUCGCAUUACUCACGAAAACAUUCACAAAUACAACGACGGAUUAGAAAGAAAUAAUACUCGUACUAGUUUUAAAAGUUCAUAUGUGCAACUUAAAGUGCCUGCAGAUAAAGUUUCCAAGCAAGUUUUAUACUGCGCAUUCGCAUUGGCAUUCGGACACAUUAAGCUGCAUUUAUUACAGUCGAUAAACGAGAAUUUGAAUCCUUAGAUUAAGGAGACGCUGUGCCAAAAACAACUGUUCGUUUCUAACCCAACAGAGAAACUCUGACUGCAUUGGGUUUAAGGCAGUGUAAUUUAUGAUCAAAGAAAAUAAACGAUAAUUUUUAUGUCAGUAAAUCAUACCAAGGUAAAGAAGUGUAGCAAUUAAGUCGAACAAAAUUACUUUAUUCUCAUACAAUAUACAAAACAAUAGGGAUUUGAUGAGAUAAAUAGAGUAGUUUUAACCGUAUGAAUGUACGAUUCUGCCUCUAAUAAGUUAUUUAUACAUAAAUGAAACAGUAGAGAGCGUUGGUUUAGUUCAAGCAAACUAGCCAGGAAACAUUCCAAAGCAGUAGUGAAAGCAGUGUUGCAUAUGUAUUUACACGAAAAAGUAAUAAAGCUCGAUAU